AUGUUGUGUGUAUACCUAAACGGAUGCUUAAUCCUAUGGCGAGCGAACAGAGAUAUCAGAUAAGGGGAAGAGCGGGAGGCGGGAGAGGAAGAAAACUAUUCCACCCUGCGAAUUUAAGAAGAGAAUUCAACAAAGAAGGCAAUGCAAAUAAUUUCGUCGCCGCCGAGAAGUGGGUUCUCUGCAAGUUGUAGCCUUUCCGGUUCGUUCCUCCAUUUGGGGUUCGCUCGGGAUGUUAUCUUUCGAAGUAGUUCUCCCUCCCGGAGAAAAAUCCCCUUGAGAUUUCCUAGGGCAAGCUCUUCUUCUGAUCCACUACUUGUUCAAGCAGCUAGAGGGGAUCUUGUCAGCAGGCCUCCAGCAUGGAUGAUGCGCCAAGCAGGAAGGUAUAUGGCUGUAUAUAGAAAACUUGCAGAGAAACAUCCAUCAUUCAGAGUGAGGUCAGAGACAGUUGAUCUCAUUGUGGAAAUUUCUUUGCAGCCUUGGAGAGCUUUCCAUCCAGAUGGUGUGAUAAUUUUUUCUGAUAUACUUACUCCUCUACCAGCAUUUGGUGUUCAUUUUGAGAUAGAAGAAGUAAAAGGCCCUAUUAUUCAGAACCCAAUUUCUUCAGAGGAUGAUCUGAAUAAUUUGCAUUCCAUUGACUUGGACAAGCUUCAAUUUGUGGGAGAAUCUCUAAAAAUCUUGAGAUCCGAGGUUGGGGAGCAUGCAGCAGUUCUUGGUUUUGUUGGGGCACCCUGGACAAUUGCUACUUAUAUUGUGGAAGGGGGUACAACUCGGACUUAUGCCAAUAUUAAAAGCAUGUGUCAUACUGCACCACAUGUGUUAAAGUCUCUUCUUUCUCACCUCACACGAGCAAUUUCUGAGUAUAUUAUCUUUCAAGUGAAAUCUGGAGCACAAUGUAUACAGAUUUUUGAUUCAUGGGGUGGGCAGAUACCUCCAAAUGCUUGGGAGCAAUGGUCAAGACCAUACAUUCAAGAGAUGGUAAGGGUUGUAAGAAAAGAAUGCCCUCAGGUACCCCUUGUUUUGUAUAUCAAUGGCAAUGGUGGUCUACUGGAACGGAUGAUUGGUACUGGUGUUGAUGUCAUUGGACUUGACUGGACAGUUGACAUGGCAGAUGGCAGAAGGAGACUAGGAAACAAAGUCGCUGUGCAAGGGAAUGUAGAUCCUGCUUAUCUUUUCUGUCCACUGCCAGCUUUAACGGAUGAAAUUCACAGGGUCGUAAGGAGUGCUGGACGCAGAGGGCACAUUCUAAAUCUGGGCCAUGGAGUUCUUGUGAAAACUCCUGAAGAGGCUGUUGCACAUUUCUUUGAUGUAGUCAAAGGCUUGAGAUAUGACUCCCUUUUCAAAGAAUCCAUGGUGGAAAAUCUGGAACCUGUCGCUUAAGGGAACUAGAGCUUCUGUGCAUAAAUCUUCCAUUAGAUGUUCAGGAUUACAGGUCUGGAUGCUUCUGGCUUGUAUGUAGAUGUCCGUUCUGUAUUUUAGUAAUUGUUAUUUUUGUUUCUGGGAUUUAAAUUUCUUAUCCCUUUGUGCAGUGCACUUAAACUGUACUAAAUUUUGAUUAAUGUAUGCAUAAUUGAAUCUGGGAUUUGAAUGCAACGGCUAUAUUAGUACUG